AUGAUUAUCACCACGGGACUCGAUUACCUCCGGACAAAGACUGUCGUUGAUUGCGAUACGUUGGAUGAGCAGGUCACCAAAACCUACGGCCCAUUCGUCGACUGCACAUCUAACCAGGCCAUCGCACACGGCGAACUAUCCAAACCCGAAAACGCGGCUCUAAAAGCAGACUCCCUCGUCGAAGCGGGAAGGCUUCUGUCGAGGUUUGAGGGUGUUGAUGUUUAUGAGUUGGGUGUUGAGAUUGCUAUGGUCAAACUAGCCCUCAAAAUCCACCCACACAUCACCGGCCACGUCCACAUCCAGACGAACCCGUAUUACUCGUAUUCAACGGAGAAAACCAUCGUUAAUGCCCUACGAAUCGUACAGCUAUUUCAAUACUUUGAACCAGAAUUCGAACAGACUCGCAUCUGCAUAAAAAUCCCAGCAACAUGGGAAGGCCUAACAGCAUGCCGCGUUCUCGAAGCAGUGGGUGUGCAUACAUUAGCUACCACGCUGUUUAGCAUGGCGCAGGCUGUGCGCGCUGCGAAGGUGGGAUGUACAUACGUUGCGCCGUAUAUUAAUCAGUUGAGGGUGCAUUUUGAGAUUGGGUUUACCGAUCCCAACAAACUCCUCCCGUUGUGCGUGGAGAUACAGAAAUACUACGAAUCCAUCAACGCCAAAACACGCGUCCUACCCGCUAGUCUCACUUCUACAUCAGAGAUCUAUGCCCUAGCGGGUGUGGACCAUAUUACUAUUGCACCAGGGUUGUUGGCGCAGCUAGCGGAGGCUAAUUCUACUCCGGAGGUGGAGUCGCUUUUUGAUGUUGGCGCUGCUGCUGGGACUGGUGGAAAGGGAGAGUCGUGUGUGAACGACGAGUCUGCGUAUCGGAUGGCGUUUACGAGGGAUUUGCAUGGGGCAAGUGAGGAGAAGUUGUCGCAGGCGAUCAACUUGUUCUGCGAUAUGCAGGAUAAGAUGGUUCAGAUUAUGAAGCACGGGUCUACAGGGUGGAUAUGUUGA